AUGAUCGAGCCACCUGAUGAGAAUCAACAAGCAUUCGAGGAUCCAUUGUAUGUUCCAGUUGGGCCUAUUACUAAAGCAAGAUCCAAGAAGAUUAAAGAAGCAAUUAAUGGGCUAAUUCAAGAGAUUUGGGUUGAUUCUAACGUAGGACAUUCCAAGCUUGGCCCAAAGGAAGAUGAAGGAGGUGUGACCUGGGAUGCCAAUGGUCACGUUGUCGGUCUUGAUCUGAGUAGCGAAUCAAUUUCUGGUGGAUUCAAUAGCUCUAGUAGCCUUUUCAAUUUACAAUAUCUCCAGAGCUUGAAUUUGGCUGGAAACAGCUUCUGCGGAGGAUUGAACUGGCCUAACAACAACUUCUGCUCUUCUCAAAUUCCAUCAGGAUUUGACAGGCUUGCUAAUUUAAUUUAUCUGAAUUUAUCCAAUUCUGGCUUUUCUGGGCAGAUUCCAAAGGAAUUUUCGCUCUUGACUAGACAAUCAGCCGAGGGGAAGGAGUGGUGCCAGGCAUUGUCAUCUUCAGUGCCUAAUCUCCAAGUGCUUAGCUUGUCCAGCUGUCAUCUUUCAGGCCCAAUCCAUUCUUCCCUGCAGAAGCUUCGAUCUCUCUCAAGGAUUCGUCUGGAUGACAACAAUUUUGCUGCUCCAGUUCCACAGUUCCUCGCUAGCUUCUCAAAUUUGACUCACUUGCAGCUCAGUUCUUGUGGAUUAACUGGAACGUUUCCAGAAAAGAUCAUUCAGGUAACAACCCUACAGAUUCUUGAUUUGUCAAUUAACUUACUUGAAGAUUCUUUGCCAGAAUUCCCUCAAAAUGGAUCUCUAGAAACAUUGGUGCUUUCGGAUACAAAACUUUGGGGGAAACUACCCAACUCCAUGGGAAAUCUUAAGAAGCUGACUAGCAUAAAGCUGGCACGUUGCUAUUUCAGUGGCCCAAUCCUAAACUCAGUGGCAAACCUUCCUCAACUGAUUUACUUGGACUUGUCUGAAAAUAAGAAAUCUCCCCCCGUCCCUGUUUUCCCUCCCAUCCUUGCAGAGGUUACGACUAGACAACAACCAAAUUUCUGGCUGACAACUUUACCUGAUCUUAGCGGCCAGUCAAGCUUGACACAUUUAGACCUUUCCCAAAACCAAAUUCACGAGAACAUACCUAGUUGGAUUUGGAAGAUUGGUAAUGGCUCUCUUGUGUAUUUGAAUCUCUCUCAUAAUUUACUGGAGGAUCUCCACGAACCUUUCUCUACUUUUACUCCUUAUCUGUCCAUCCUUGACCUACAUUCCAACCAGCUCCAUGGCCAAAUCCCCACUCCUCCCAUAUUUUGCAGCUAUGUGGAUUACUCGAACAACAGUUUCACCUCCUCCAUCCCAGAAGAUAUUGGUACUUACAUCUUCUUCACUAUUUUCUUCUCUCUUUCUAAGAAUAACAUCACUGGAAUUAUCCCUGCAUCAAUCUGCAAUGCCAGUUACCUGCGAUUUCUUGACUUUUCUGACAACGCUUUGAGUGGAAUGAUACCCUCAUGUUUAAUUGGGAACGAGAUUCUUGAGGACCUGAAUCUACGGAGAAACAAGUUAAGUGCCACUAUACCUGGGGAAUUUUCGGGAAACUGUCUUUUACGGACUCUAGAUCUGAAUGGGAAUCUCUUAGAAGGAAAAUUCCAGACUCUCUAG